UUAUGCAAUCCAGACCAAGACGGAGAAUGGGCUCAUCUUGAGCCCCGCCACUUCGAGGAGGCAUAAAUAGACCGCAGAGAUGGCUGAGGGAGCACUCCAGAACAUCCUCCAGACUCCUCUAUGAAAGAUGGGCCGCCUACUCUUAAGCGCGUCUUUUCAGUUUCUUUUCCUCUUCAUGGUCCUGAUACCAUCGACCCGGAACGCCUUGCCACCCCGAAAUCGCCGUGAGAAUAGAAACAGGUGUGAGUGUGACCAUGUAACCUCAUCUAUCUCACCAAGCCUUAUUAGUUCUAUACACUUAAUCCAGCCUGGAUCACACUGCAAUGUUUUGCAAGUCAUAGCUGUCUUGAAGGAUGGGAAUAAAAGGUGCCUGGAUCCAGCAGCUCAAUGGGUCAAGCGCAUUGUCCAGGUUCUCCUGAGCAGGGAAAAUCACUAACAACCUAUGCAAAAUGGAUGUAAUGGAAGAUGGGAGAGAGAAAAAUGCUAAAAAAUUGGAUAGAAGAAAGAGCUUUCUGCCUUCGAUGGUUUUAAAAGGAAUAUUUCAAACACUGCUUUCUUGCUUUGCAUCAUUAUACAUUAAGUGUACAGCAGGUGGUAGCAUCUAACUGAUCUGGACUGAUCUCCGAUACUAAGUAGAGCAGUCCCUGAUUGCAGCAGAACUGCAUAAGUAUUCCAGCAUUGUUUGUUAGUAAGAGCAGGAAAUCAAGACAACAAAAUAACCCACCUCACCACCAUCCAUAGUAGAAUAAGGCUAUAGUGAAACAUUUAUGUAAUGUUUAGAAAAUUGCAUGGAUGUACUCAUCAGAAGUGGAAAUGACUGCUUUGUAUGCAUCUUUAUCGUUCCUUUUGAUAUUUUAAUAAUAACUUCUCUGGUUUCUUUUGAAUUGGAGAAGAAAACAUAUAUACAAUAAAUACUUUAUAUCAUUUUUCCUAA